ACUCACUCAUCCACACAAAGUCCUCUUUGGUGCAUCUCCAUUUGGAUCCUCUCCUUUCUUCCUUCUCGCCCUAUCUCAUACCUGCCUUUGUCUACAUGGAUCCUUACCGUCCACCUUAUCCGCCAUAUCAAGGUCAGCCUCCACAACGCCACCCAGGUUCCACUCCACCAGGAGCGCCAUUUGGCACACCACCACCACAUAUACAGGGACCUAGACCACCACAUAUGUACCAGAGUGCACCGCCACCUCAUCUGCAUCAACAGCAACCAUAUCCUCCACAGGGACCACCACACAUACAAGGACCUCCACCACACUUUCAGGCACGUGGGCCACCAGGACAGCAUUUUGCAUCACCACAACGUCCUCCAGGGCCAGGAGCUGUCACAGGUCCGCCGCUCUAUGGAGCUCCACCGCAGAGCGCUCCACCAGGAUUAGCAUCUCUGCCACCUGGAUAUCCUGUUCAUCCGCUUCCACCACAACAUCAUCAACAUCACCAACAUCAUCGCGGGCCACGGCCAGUUUAUGGCGGAUCAGGGUCAUUACCACCUCCUGGAUCUGCUCCGGCCGUCCCUGGAGCAUCUACUGGGUUCAUAAACGGACCGACAUCAACACCAGGGUCUACGACAUUUAAAAGCCCAAAGGGAGUGCAUAGUCCUGGCAUGGCAGGCAUACCUGCUAGCUCAUUCAUCCCUGGAGGGGCCCUGCCUGAUAAGUUGAAUACUCUAUUUAUUGGAUCAAUCGCACCCGGAAUUAAUAAUGUAGCCAUGGAAAAGCUACUCAAAACAACUGGGAGCCUUGUGAAAUGGAAACGUGUCCAGGAUCCAACAACUCAUCAGUGGAAGGCUUUUGGAUUUGCAGAAUAUGCGGAUGCUGAUUCACUCUUGCGGACGCUUCGUGUUCUAGGGCAGGAUGGUCAACAGCCUAAAGGCGAAAAGCCUGUCGGUCUCGAAUUGACAGCAAUGGAUGGGUCGGGCGUUGUUAAAGCACUUUUGGUUAAGGCAGAUGAAAAGACGCGACAGUUUUUGGAUCAAUACGAGGAAGGCCGUCCACGGACAAUCCAUGAUACUGAAAAAGACAAGGUUGCAUUGGCUGCGGCUACUAAGAUUAUUCAACAGAUGAAGGAUGGUACACUAGAUACAUCAGAACCAGAACAAGGAGCUGAUGACAAAGAAAAAGAGGGCAAGACAACAGGAGAAAAUACGCCAACAAAGACAGAGGAUAAUGAUCAGAAAGGGACUGCAGUCGAGGUGUCUGAGGAGCAACAAAAGAUAAUUGAUCGCGAGCUGAACUUCUUUAGGGAACGCGCAGCGCUGAAGGACAAGGAGGAAAAACAGGAGCAGCAAAGACACAGAACUACGGGGCGGGAACGUGCCUGGGGUCCCACCAACAGUUCGGGUACAAAGUUGUCAGAGUUUGUCCCUGCUAGUGGCCCAAAUCAUAUUGAGGUCGGAUCCAGCUCAGCUAAUGCCGCAGGUACUACAACCGCAGGAGCAGGAGCAAGAGCAGAGGCAGGAGCAGGAAUAAGAACAGAUCCUGUGCGUGACCAAGAUGGGGAUGUCGACUCUGAAGAAGAAGAACGAGCACGUCAAGAGCGUAGAGAACAAGAGCUGGAGCAACUUUACAGGGAGCGCGAGCGUCGGUGGGAACAACGUGAAGUUGAACGGAUGCGACUCUAUGAAAAAGACAAGGCUAGAGACGAAGAUUACAGUGCAGAGCAGCAGACUGCAAAGGCUGCAAUGGCUCAUCGGUUUGCACAAUGGAAUGAUGACGAAGAAAGGGAGAGGCGGCAUGAAGAUUAUUAUCGCGACCGAUCAAGGUGGUGGCAAAGGCGACAGGCUUUCCUACAAAAAGAAGAACGCUAUGAUGCACUAGAUCGUGAGGAAGAGAAAGAAGAAUUAGAGAAGGCAGCGGCAAAGAAGGCUCAAGAAGAAGAAGCAGCGGCAGAAUCAAUAACAAAGCCAGCUACGACUUUGGAGGAGAUACCGAAAGUGGAUCAUGAUGGGGACACGGAAAUGAACGAAAACUCAGAUGAUGUAGACACUGCUAAGAAAUCCUCAAUAACAAGUCCAAUACCAACUGAAGCUCAAGCAAGGACACCAGACUCUGCAAAUGCAAACAUACUACCCCUUCAAUCAACAAAGUUAAAGUUGAGUCUUUCCACAACGAUCAGUGCUUUAAAACGUGGAUCCGAAAGCAACAGUGGUGUGAGUACGCCGACAUCAUCGAGCUUCGUUGCGGCUACAGAGUUUGAGCCAGACGAGGAUGAUGUAAAGGAGGUCAAGAAGCGCCGUAUCCUUGUCCCAUUCAAAUACAGUGAUGACGAAAGCGAUGCUGCGGAUAAGAUUCGUAGUAGCAGUAGCGGGAAUGGCAAGGAGCUCAGCCCUGAGGAAAAAGAAAAGAAGGAAAAGGAGAUGAAGGCUUUGAUCCAGUCGAUUCCUGCAGAUGCGCAGGGUCUGUGGAACUGGCCGAUCCAAUGGCAAUAUGCUUUUCAGGACCGAGGGGCAAUUUUGACAGACAAGAUUCAUCCUUUUGCAUCAAAGAAGGUAGUGGAACUUCUUGGUGUGCAGGAAGAUGAAUUGACAAACUUUAUCAUGGAACACAUUCGGACAAAGAAGCCACCACAGGAGCUUGUGAGCGAACUUCGUAACGCUCUUGACGAUGAUGCGGAUGUUCUUGUGAUGAAGAUUUGGAGGAUGCUAAUUUUUGAGACAGAGUCAAAGGCACGGCAAUUGUAGUUGUAGUCAAUUGAUCGAAAGGCCGCACUAAAGAAUAUACAUCCAUCUGUAAUAAAGCGGACGCUCAGAAAGGUG